AUGGAGGCGGCCGCCGCCUCGUCGCCGUCGCCGGAGCAACCGCUGCUCCGGCCGUCGGUCGCCCGCGCCGGCUCGGGGUCCGGGAGCCCGUCGCCUCCGCGGCCCCCCGCGGCGAGGCCGAGCCGGCUCGCGGCGCUCAUCGGCCGCGCGGCGGGGCGGCGCGGCCCGUCGAUGCUGGUGCGGGAGACGGCGGCGAUGCAGCUGGAGAGGAGGCGCGCUGACUGGGCGCACUCCCGCCCCGUCGUCGCGCUCGACAUCGCGUGGAACAUCGCCUUCGCCGCCGCCGCCGCGGCCGUGCUCGUGGCCUCCACGGAGGAGAGCCCCGUCACGCCGCUCCGCCUGUGGCUGGUGGGGUACGCCCUCCAGUGCCUCGUGCACGUCGGCCUUGUUUGCUCCGACUCCCGCCGCCGCCCAGCCCACGCUCGUAGCUCUGAUGUCGAGUCCGCCGACGGUGACGCCGCGGGCGCUGACAGCUCUGACAGCGACGACGAGGAGGACGAGGGUAGGGAACAGAGGAGCAGCUUUGCGAAGCGUUGUGAGUCGGUGAACACGAUGGUGUCUUUCCUGUGGUGGAUAAUUGGGUUCUACUGGGUGGUGUCUGGUGGGGAUGUGCUCGAGCAUGAUGCUCCAAGGCUGUAUUGGCUAAGUGUUGUUUUUCUAGCGUUUGAUGUCUUCUUCGCUGUGUUUUGUGUUGCUAUGGCCUGUUUCAUUGGGAUCGCAUUGUGCUGCUGCUUGCCUUGCGUCAUUGCAAUUCUGUAUGUGCUGGCUGGCCAGGAGGGUGCAUCAGAUGCAGAUAUUGGCUUUCUUCCGAGAUAUAAAUAUUCUGAUCCCAGUGAGGAUGGACAAAAAGGAACUGACGAGGGAGUUAUGAUCCCUGUCCUGAAUAAUAAUGGAACAUCAACCAGUGAACGUAUUCUCCUUCGUGAGGAUGCUGAAUGCUGUAUCUGCCUCUCAUCAUAUGAGGAUGGAGCAGAGCUAUCUGCCCUCCCUUGCAACCAUCACUUCCAUUGGACAUGUAUUACCAAAUGGCUACGCAUGCAUGCAACCUGUCCACUUUGCAAGUACAACAUUCUUAAAGGCAGUGAAAGUGCAUGAUUUACUUACACUUACACAAUUUCCAUACCCGAAGGCUCUAUGAUUGGAGAUCCUACUUGACCACUUGUAGAGCAAGAAGCAAGCGAAAGCUUUGUGUUUCUGAUCUUUGUAAGCUGAUGAUAAGUGUUUUCCUUUUCUUCUAAGUGAAAAUUGGUCGUGUGCCUUCCUGGUUAGGAUCUGGUGACAGCCUGUACAUGAAUGAACUCACCGUACCUUUCUAAUAUCGAUUGUACAGAUCUUUUCGAGUUGUGCUGUUUUGUGUACAGAGGGGUUCUGAAAUUGAUAAAAAAUCCGGGUAACAUGGUGUAAUGAACUCUUAUCAGAUUUUACAAGAUUAUCUGGUUGAAGCUAGUGGAUUUUAAGAGUGAAGUGCA